AUGGCAAGCCUGGGCCCAGUGGAGGCUGUGGUCUUUGACGUGGGCGGAGUGCUGACGGCGUCGCCGCUGCCAGCCAUCGCAAGGUAUGCAGCCGAGCUUGGCGUGCCAGCCCGCGAGCUUGCGAUGACUCUGGCUGGCUCGACAGCCUUUGCUCUGCUCGAGUGCGGGCUGAUCGAUGUAGACGAGGCGUGCGCUCGGCUGGAUCGCGAGGUGCAGCUGCGGCUGGGUACCGAGGCUGCAGCUGGUUUUGCUGCGGCUGACAUGUUUGCCGUCCUCCGCAACGCGCUCCGCCCGCGGCCCGAGGUGCUCCAGCUGGUGGCGGAGAUCGCCGGCGCCGGGCUAGCCAUCGGCAUCCUCACCAACAACUGGAAGGGCGCCGAGCCGCCGCGUGAGCUUCGCGACCUGGUCCCCCGCGCUGUUGUUGUCGAGUCGCGGCUGGAGGCGAUGCGCAAGCCCGGGCCGGCCAUCUUUGCACGCAUGCUCGACCGGCUCGGCGUGGCACCGGGUGCGGUCGUCUUUCUGGACGACAUCGGGGCCAAUGUCAAGACGGCGCGGUUGCUGGGCAUGCACACGAUCAAGGUGCCAGCGUCUGAGGAGGUGUACGGUGAGGCGUUUGAUGAACUGGCUCUGGUGCUGCGCGAGCGCAACGGGCUCAACAUAGCACUGGGGCAGGUGCGGUCCAAGCUGUGAAGAGGCGGCGCGUUAGGCCCAAAGGCCCGGAUCAAAGCCGUGGUUGGUGCGCGGACGGGAGCCAUCGAUGAACAGCCCAGUGUUGGUUCGCAGCAUGCCGUUGAGCACGGCCUUGCCCUUUGAUGAGAUGCGAUUGCGCUCGAGGCGGAGCGAGACCAGCGAGGUGUUGGUCUUGAGCGACUCGGCGAGGUAGCGAGCACCGACGUCGGUGAUGGCGUUGAGCGAGAGGUCGAGGGUGGUGAGGGUGGCGUUCGCCUCGAGGGCGCGGGCAAGUUCGCGGACGCCGGCGUCGCCGAUGGCGUUGUUGCGGAGGUUGAGCCGGACCAGGACGUCGUUGGCGGCGAGACCCUCGCCGAGAGCGGCGGCGCCCUCGUCGGCGAUACCAGUGCCGGGCAUGUUGAGCGUCGUCACGCACUCGUUGACCGAGAGCGCCUGGCCGAGGACCGUGCCGGCUGCCGGGCCGAUGAGGUUGCCGGAGAGGUCGACGGUGUGGACGCGCGGGUUAGUUUUGAGCGCCUCGGCAAUGGCGGACCCGCCGUCACUCUCGAGGUGCUUGCCCUGCAGUAGGACAUGAGUAAAAAUGUACUCGGUG